UAUCGCUCCUUUUCCGCCUUCGCCCCGGCGCCGUACAACACGAGUCCUCAUCCUUUCUCGUUUUUGUGGCGGCACAUAACGAUUACAACGGAUAAAGCGACCAGUGUAAAGCUUCGGCGAUGAAACCCAUCUUGCUACAYGGCCAUGAGAGGUCUAUCACACAGAUCAAAUACAACCGAGAGGGAGACUUGAUAUUCUCUGUGGCCAAAGACACGGUAGCGAACGUGUGGUACUCUGUGAACGGGGAGAGGCUUGGAACGUACAAUGGACACACUGGAGCUUUGUGGUGUGUGGACUGUGACUGGGACACCAAGAACGUGCUGACAGGAUCGGCAGACAACAGCUGUAGACUAUGGGACUGUGAGACUGGUAAACAACUAGCCAUGUUGAACACCAGCUCGGCUGUGAGGACCUGUGGCUUUGACUUCAGUGGCAACAUCAUCAUGUUCUCUACAGACAAGCAGAUGGGCUACCAGUGUUUCCUCAACUACUUUCUGGAGAGGUGCUGAAGAAGGUGAAGGAACACAACAAACAGAUCAACGACAUCCAGACCUCUGUUGAUCUGACCAUGGUCAUCACAGCCUCUAAAGACUGCUCCUCUAAGCUAUUUGACUCUACAACUCUAGAUCACAUCAAGUCCUUCAAGACAGAGAGACCCGUCAACUCUGCUGCCAUCUCCCCCAUCAUGGACCACGUGGUGAUGGGAGGAGGUCAAGAGGCCAUGGAGGUCACCACCACCUCCACCAGGAUCGGCAAGUUCGAGGCCAGGUUCUUCCACGCAGCUUACGAAGAGGAGUUUGGCAGGGUCAAGGGUCACUUCGGACCCAUCAACUGCGUGGCGUUCCACCCGGACGGCAAGAGCUAUGCCAGUGGAGGAGAGGACGGCUAUACYAGGAUCCAUCACUUUGACCCCCAGUACUUUGACUUCGAGCUGGAGGCGUAAACAGGAGACCCGCAGCGAUACUCUUCUUCUUUAACUAAUAACACCAGACAGGCUACGGGAAGGACACCAGGGGGCACAUCUCAAUAUUCUGUAGUAGCCUCCUCUCCUGAUCUGAGAACGCAGGAUAGGGGACAGCAAUAAUAAUGGUGGUGGAUGACUACCAGGAAUUGUUUGUUACUUGUUCAGUGGUUUUAAAUCUGGGAUGGAGAAGCCACUGAAGAGGAUUGAGAUGCACCCCCUAGUGAUGAUGGUGGUGGGGGAGGGAGGAAGGAAGAGGAGACUUUAGUCCUUUGAGAAUUAUUUUGGCUGGUCAUCAUAAUCCUGAUAUCACUAAUAAAUAGCCUGGAAUGUUUGGAUUGACAUGGCCGACAG